UUGAGGUUUAACGAAAAGGAAAACAUAUCAUCUGUGAAUACAGCGAAAAAUUCGGUAUCCAAGGCCAUAAGAAGUAGAGUUACAGAGAACCUUGAAAUCGCAAAGGACUACCUUGAGAGGAUUUUGCCUAGGAAGGAGCCACUGAAGCUGCUUAAUCAUGAUCACAUUGAACUUUUUGCGGAUCCGUCUGGUGAGGUGAUAUUCUUCCGCCAGCGUGAUGGUCCUUUUGUACCUUCGUUAAAACUUCUGCAUAAAUACCCAUUUCUGCUCCCUCAGUUACAAAUUGACCGUGGUGCUAUCAAACAUGUAUUGAACGGAUCCAAUAUAAUGUGCCCCGGUCUCACUUCUCCUGGAGCCAAGUUGUGUGAUGUACCUGCAAACACCGUUGUGGCAAUAAUGGCUGAAGGGAAAGAAAACGCUGUGGCUGUUGGUGUUACGGUGUUGUCUACUCGCGAAAUGCUCGAUGUUAACAAGAAUGUUGGUGUGGAAACUUUGCACUACCUGAAUGAUGGUCUGUGGCAGAUGAAGCCCGUUCGGUGA